CUGCCGUCCUGUGCCAAGCUAGUGUGAUGUUCGGGCGCGCGGCACAGGGGCGGGGUGCUGGGAGCCGGUGGUGAGGCGCGGCGGCCACGAUGGACCACAGUGUGAAGGCCAUGACCCCGCACCGCAAGGUGGCCUUCUCGCGGCUCUGCCACAAGCACCGCUUCGAGAAUGACGAGUUAGAGGAGCUGUACCGCCGCUACACGCUCAAGCUGCAGCAGGCCAGCGUGGCGGCGGCCUCCGCGCUCAUGCUGCUACUAUGCCUGCUGCUGGCGGCGCUGCACGUCGCCUACGCCCAGGCGGCCGCCCCCACGCCCAUCACGCUGCUGGUGCUGUCCCUGGUGCUGGCCGCCCUGCUCGUGCUCCUCAACUCCAGGGUGAUGCGCCACUCCUACCUGAUGCCCACCUGCUACCUGCUGCUGGGCCUGGGCGCCGUGCUGGUGGCCCUCGCCCUGCCGCUGCCCGCGGGCUGGAGCUGGAUCGGCUGGCAGGUGUACGCCUCGGCAGGCCAGGGCGUGUGGCAGGCUGCCUUCAUCGCCUUCCUCGUGUACGCCCUCACGCCGGUGUCCACGCCCAUCGCCCUGGCCUACGGCGUGGUGCUGCCCUCCUGCCAGGUGGCCCUCGCCGCCACCCUGGCCACGCCCUUCGCGCCGCUGCACUGGCAACAGCUGGUGGCCAACAGUGUGGUGGCGGCGGCGGUGAAUGUUGCGGGCGUGUGGCUGCAGCAGAUGAUGCAGGCAGGGCAGCGCAAGGCUUUCCUUGACACCCGGAACUGCAUCGCCGCCAGACUGCAAAUGGAGGACGAAAAUGACAAGCUGGAACGAUUGCUGUUGUCUGUGCUGCCCCAGCAUGUGGCCAUGGAGAUGAAGGCAGACAUCAUCAAGCCAGUGGAGCGACAGUUCCACAAGAUCUACAUCCAGCGACAUGAAAACGUCAGCAUGGUGUUUGCAGACAUUGUAGGCUUCACAGUGCUGGCGUCUCAGUGCACAGCUCAGGAACUCAUUCGACUCCUCAACGAACUCUUCGGACGGUUUGACCAGCUUGCUGAUGAUAACCACUGUUUACGCAUCAAGAUCCUUGGCGACUGCUACUACUGUGUGUCUGGCCUGCCCGAGCCAAGGAGUGACCAUGCUCGCUGUGCUGUGGAGAUGGGGCUGGACAUGAUAGAUGCCAUAGCCUCUGUGGUUGACGCGACAGACGUCCAGCUCAACAUGAGGGUUGGCAUCCACACAGGGCGGGUGCUGUGCGGCGUGCUGGGCCUGCGCAAGUGGCAGUACGACGUGUGGUCCAACGACGUGACGAUGGCUAACAUGAUGGAGGCGGGAGGGGAGCCAGGGCGAGUGCACAUCACACAGGCAACGCUGGACUGCCUGGGGAAUGAGUAUGAGGUGGAGCCGGGGGACGGACACCUGCGCUCCCAGUACCUGAGGGACCACAAUGUCACCUCCUACUUUAUCAUUCCUCCCCCGCGCCGCCGAAAGGUGCGGUCAGCCUUAGGAUCAACGCACCGCAGGAAACUGUCCUUCAAGAAUGUGAGCAACGUGGUAGUGCAGCUGCUGCACUCCAUCAAGUACUCCAUGGAGGUGCCUUUCUCCAACAUGGCAAUCCCACCACAGGAGAAGUCAACGUCCAUCACUAAGAAGAGGAAUAUAUUCUUUCACGAAUACUACGAAAUAGAGCGAGGGUGCCCACAAUCCAGCCUUCUGUCAGAUAAAUUCAAGCGACCAUUCAAGAAGAGACACUCUUCCCUCCCUCACGCCCCAUCAAACCGAGUCAACAAGUACUUAGCUCAGGCCAUCGAGGCAAGAUCAGUGGACCGUGAGAAGUCCACCCAUGUGUCACUGAUCACAUUGUGCUUCAGAGACAAACAGAAGGAGAGACAUUACCAUGAGGAACAAGAUGUUGGUUUUGGCAGUUCUCUUCUGUGUUCAUUGUUCCUGCUGCUGUUUGUGGCGUCUGUGCAAGCUCUGGUGUUGCCCCGCACACUGCUCUUCCUCUUCUUGUUCCUAGCUGCAUUUGUCACAAUAUCUGUUAUAUUAAUUGUUCUCCUUGCAUCAAGGUUGAAAGUCACCACUUGGGAUCCCUCGAGGAGGUUUGUGCUGCGCCUCGUGCUGACCAUCGUGGCUGUGACCGUCAUUUAUAUCAUGGCUCAGGUUAAUUCGUUUACUUGUGACUUGCCAUAUGUUGCCUGCAAACCCAACAUGACUCUUGAAACCUCAAGACAUCGUGGACCACAGGACUUUGUCCGCAACCUGUGGUGCCCGCUCCCUGAAUAUAUUCCUCUCUCAUGUGUCCUUGGCUUUAUAUCAGUGGCAGUAUUCCUCCGCCUGCCUAUGCUGGUCAAGGCUCUGCUGGUCACCUCCAUGGCAACUGUUUAUGCCCUCUUAAUCUGCUUCACACACCUGUCGCUGUUCACCUGUUAUGAUAAACGGGUUGGGGCAGUGGUCCCAACAGAAGUGUUGGCAGUGGUGUACAUUUUGCUGUUCUUGCUGGCAGUGAUUGCUCAUGGGCGCCAAGUGGAGUGGACUGCAAGACUUGACUUCCUCUGGCAGUGCCAGGCUGCCGAGGAGAAGCAGGACAUGGAUGCUCUGCAGGAAAGCAAUCGCCGCAUCUUGUUCAAUCUUCUCCCGGCUCACGUGGCAACUCACUUCCUUGACAAUCAGUUCAGGAACAACAUGAAAGAAAAGUACACAUCCCCCAUCGCCCUGCAGGACUUGUACCACCAAAGUUACAGUCGUGUGGGUGUUGUCUUUGCCUCAAUUCCAAACUUCCAUGAGUUUUACACUGAACUUGCUGUCAACAAUCAAGGCACUGAGUGUUUGAGGGUUCUCAAUGAGAUCAUCGCCGACUUUGAUGAGCUGCUGGAUGAUGAGCGCUUCAAGUCCGUGGACAAGAUCAAGACAGUUGGGUCCACUUUCAUGGCUGCUGUGGGGCUCAUGCCAGACAUGAGGAUUCUGGACCACAAGGAAGAAUCAGCCAGUUACUAUUUGUCUAUCUUGGCUGAACUUGUGUUUGCCUUUAGGGAAAAGUUGGCAAAUAUCAAUGAAAAUUCUUAUAAUAAUUUUACCCUGCGAGUGGGCAUGAAUAUUGGCCCUGUCGUGGCUGGAGUCAUUGGUGCAAGGAAACCGCAGUACGACAUCUGGGGCAACACUGUCAAUGUUGCCAGCCGCAUGGACUCAACAGGCCUGCCUAAUCAUACACAGGUGACAGAGGAGGUGUACCAGGUCCUGCGCAACAGACCGUACCAAUUCCAGUGCCGUGGCAAGGUGAAGGUGAAAGGCAAGGGAGAAAUGACUACCUUCUUUCUCAUUGACCGCAAGGAGCCGGCCACCAUCAAGGCAGAUGAGGACCACCAGGUGCCACCCCCAAAGAUUCCUCCCCACCUGCAGUCCUACGCCCCGGAUCAUGGGUGUGGUUGGCCUGUGUGGCCCGCGUAUUGUGUGGUUGGGCAGUGUGGCGGCACCCUCCACACUCCCCACUCCUCCCACCGCCCACACCAACGCCACUACCACACCCACAAUGGUGGAUUGUUUGGAGGUGUGGCAACACCCCUGGCAAUGGUGCCCCCCAAGGUGCCUCCCCAUGGCCGCAGCCUCUCCCAGGGUCUCACUGGACAGCUCGUGCAGGGGCAGCCAGGAGGAACCCCUCGCUCCCGCCGCAACAGAGACUCCUUUUGUGACGAUUUGCAGGCAAUGAAUAUCAAUGGCCAGAACCUCACCAAGUCAGGAGGAAGGCAGUCAGGAGGAGACAGCCAGAGAUGUGAGGAAGAGCCACUGCUGACCAGGGUCCCUCCAGCUCCUCUUGAUGCUCAUGUCCUCCCACCAAGAUUCUCUGUUGGACAGAUGCGCUCCAGCAACAAAUCUCAAACGCCAACUCGAGCUGCCAUGCAACAGAUGAAGCCCCAGGGCUCCAUCACGGCCCCCAAACCAUAUUCUCAGUCCCGCCCUCGUACCUACCGCCCGGACGAGUACAACUUCCCACCAAGUGCAUAUGCCCCUGCUUGGACUCAGGCUCAGGGGCUCAGUGCACCUCACCAGGGAACCAAUCCUGGAAAUGCCGUAAAGAAAGUGUCAGGACGGAACCGAACCUCCCCAAGGAAAGAGAAUGAUGACGUACAGCUACGGCUCCCAGAUCCAAGCAGGUCAGGUCUGAGUGGAGGACUCAUCCUGCCACCAGUGCCACGCCACCACCACGUGGAAGAAGCUGGAGUGCGGCACAAGCUGCGCUCCUUUGCCAGGCACUACAGUGAUGACAGUUUGCAUGGGUCAUCCCACAGAGACCUUCACUCCACCCGCAUCCACUCCUCUGCUGAUGAAAUCAGUUCCCUGAAUCGUUCUCCAAGCCUCAGUUCCUCUGAUGAAAGCUUCUCACGCACAGACUUCUCUCGCACCGAUGCUGACUCACCAUCGCCACAGCACACUCCUUCCCUGAGUGACGAGCGCUUCAAAUACAUGUUCAGUGGCAUGAAUCUGGAAGGUGCUGCAGCACCAGGCUUCAGGGAACUGUCUCCACAGAUAUAUUCAGACUAUUUGUCAAGUGUCAAAGCUUCAAGUGAUGAAAGUUCUUUGCGUUUGAACAGUCUUUCACGAGACUCUACAACUUAUUCCUAUCCCAAUGUACCUGGGCUCUGGAGGGAGACAGAUAUAACCAGUCCAGGUCCUGAGGAGAGGAUGCGGAGGGAUGACUUAGUGAUACCAAAGUUAACUGCUGAAUUUUCUAGUGACAAAGUGAAACGUAGUAAACUUAGUGAUAAGGCAGAGACGGAGGUUCCUUCACAGGUAGACAAUUGUGUGAGUCAUAGCGCUUCCCCAUCCAGUGAGAAAGUGAAACCUGGAUGUAGACUAAGCUAUGUGGAUUGUGACCUUAACUCCCCCUCAAGAACUAGUGCCUCUGGGAGCACAAGCCGAAUGCGCAGCCUUGAAAGAAGUCCUCGAGAAACCUCGGCAAUGACUCCCGAUAGUGUUAUUAUGUCAAAAAAGCGUUCCUUGUCAAGGGAAGAAAGCCAGAAAAUGGGUAACCACAUUCAGUUAGAACACGACCAGUCCCGUAAGCGAAAUCCAGAACGUCAGAAAAAGGACGGAGAGUGCCAGACAGACCCACGCAACCACCACCACAGAGCUGUUGCCUCAAGCACCCGGACACCGGAAAAAAACAAAACAGACAGAAAACUGGAAAAAUCUUCAACAUUUGAGGGAAUACCAGAGGAUGGAAAGUCUGCAUCACUCGACUGCAAUAGAGGAAGGUAUGGUGGUCUGAGUGGAAGUAGUGAGAUUGAGCAGGAAAGGGAAACACAGCAGCAGGAAAGCUCAGAUGUUAGUAACAACAACUCAAGUAGUAACAUCAUGGAGAAUUAUGCAGGUAACACACUUGAAGGUUACUCAGCUCUUCAAAAGGCUGCCCAGCAACAGGAAAAGGAAUUGAAUAAUAUGUUUGGGAAUCAGGUCAGGUUGGAUCCACUGUCUGUCAAACCACUUACAGCAGAGUUGAUGAACCUUGACCCUGUAAUGCUUGGCCUUCACUUUGACCCCCAUGGUAAUCAGACAGUGCUACAGCUCACCUCUGCUUCUGUAGAAGGGGACUUGGUGCCCCACCAGCCAACCACUCCCCAGCUGGCGAAGCUAUCCCUGGCCGACAAAGUGGUACUAGACUCUAGAGCACAGGCUUCCCGAGGCCCUCUUGGCCACAAGUUUCCUCUGGAGAUUCCAGCCCCAGAGAGAAUCAGUCUCCACCAGAGUGUGAGGAAAUUUGUUGGCUCCAGCAGAGUCCCUGGACCUUGUGGACACAGUGAGUAUGAGAACAUGGAGUCAGAUGUGCCAGAUGCCUCCACUGACGAUGAGGGACUCAGCGACCUACGGCGGGACACUGCAGGAGGCAAGGUGGCCUCAGGAGACAGACGCCCUGAUGACCGGAGAGAAAGUCCCAAGCAGAACUUGUUGGUGGAGAAGCACAACCUCAAGGGAGGCGAACACCAGACGGACGAUGACGACGAUGUGAGGUCCUUUGAGGAGGAGGAGCGAAGGAUGGCCCACGAGCUGAGUGGUGCUCAGAUGGACAGAUCCGGAAAUACCUCUGGGCAAUCAUUACCAGUGCCCAGCACAGGAGAUGGAGGGGAAACUAGUCAGUCUGAGUGGAGUGAGGAUGAUGAUGGGGCUGCCUCAGAGCCACUGCUGGACCAGGAAAGCACCGGCUACACUACUGAUGACCCAGCCCUGGAACAAGUCUCCAUGAUAAAUGAUGCAGGACUCACAGAUGCUGAAGGUGCCUUGAGUGACGUCAACUCCAUCUACAAUGACCCACACCAGUACGAUGGAGACAUGGAUGACACAAGCAUGUCAUCUCGCGCCUCCUCCAGGAUAUUUGACUCGGACGCCAUCAUCUCAUUUGACCAGAUCAAUGCCUACUAUGAGUCUGAAUACGACAACUACCGUCCAGGUGUAGUGGCCUCCGAUGGUUUUGACACAGAGCCGCUCUCUGAUGUUGAUUUUGAUGGGAUUGACGGCAUCAAUUUGCAAAACAUCAGAACCAUGUCAGAGAGCAUCACUCGCAAUUUUGGACAGCCCCGAAAUGAGACAGAUGUGGACAGUGAUGUAUGAUAUUGGGUGAAAUCCUUAAUGGAAGACUACUGCAUAGAAACUACUGUUUGAAAAAGUAACUCCUUUGUACUACACUGAAUUCACAAGGGUCAUAUCUUCCAUGCCUCAAGAAAUGUUAAUAUUCAAUACCCUAAGGACGACUUUAUGGAUCAGAAACGGCAGUGCUUUGAUAAUUCAGCUGAGUACUGUAUGUGUUUGACGUAUUCAAUGUGGCAAGUCGUGCUUGUGAUGCGUGGUGUUUAUAUACUGGGAAAGUACCUAUGAUGUGUAAGAUACAAGUUUUCCUUUUUUUAGUUCUACCAGAAAAUUCUUAGAAGAAUAUUCAGUGAUUUUCACAUGCUAUCAUGAAACCUUCAGUGUCCUCCAUUAAAGAUCUGUGAAAUACUAGUGAAUUGGUGAUACAAAGGUACAUGUAAAUCACAUCACUAUGCCUUUAUAUUAGUAGUUGUGGACUCACUCAUGUUAAUAAAGAGCAUUGGAUUUAUGCUGUACCUCAUAUAUGGAGAAAAGACAAGUUUACAAAUAUAUUUUUAAAAGAUUUAUCCAAUAUUAUAUUUGAUAUGUGCAGCAGAAUGUUCAAGUCAUGGAAUCAGAAGAUAUUACCAGUCAUUUUAGAUUACAUGAAAUUAAAAAAAAAAAUUAGUAAAAAUGAAAUACAGAAAUAAGCAUACAUGUCUCUCUCAUAUCUCAUAUAUGUAUGCAUUAAAUAUUUCUGUUGAAUGUUCAUACUCAUACAUAGAAAGUUGAUGUAACAAGACUUCUCGACAUGAGCCCAAGGGGUGCUGCAUAGGAGGAGCUAGACAAGAUAGUGUAAGACAUGUGCAAUUGUACAUAUUUGUGUAUAUUAAUGAACUAUUACACAAGUAGACUUGCAAGCCUCAUCUGUCACUACCAGGAACUGGAUAUUGAAUAUUCCAUGUCUCCAGCUGCAUAGUUCCAGUUGGGGCUCAAGAUUCUUAGUCUGUGUGAAGCUGUGAACACCUCAUUGUCCUUUAUUUGUGUACUCUUUCAAUUUAUAGGAGACUGAGAUAUCGUGUAGUUGUCAUGUGAAGAGUCAAGAUCUGUCAGCACUUCACUGAUAUAUUGUUAAGGAAAUGUGAUGCUUGAACAUAAUUAUUAAUUGUUCCACUGUCAGGACCUGUACAUGAAUAUUACGAAUAUUGCACUGUGUUGCUCAAAGUUCAGAGUAUUCUCACAUACUCAUGUUUAUUCCAUUGCUGGAAUAAUUGGCGGUAUUUCUCUGGCUUUGUACUGCAGAACCUCCCUAAAAAGAUAAUGGAUUUAGAAUAUGUUAUAACCAGUCAUGCUCGUUGACACAUGAAUCAAACACUAUUGAAUAAGAUCUGCCUCACAUAUGUUCAGGCAGGCACUGCAUAUUUAAGAUACUUCAAUGAACCAAGCACAGUACCUGAACAUGCAGCAGAGCUCUUAUGAUUCAACUGUAAGGCUAAACCCAGAAAAAUUAACAAAAUUAUUAUACCUCUAAAACUUUUAACAUGUUGUUAUGGUAACUUCCCAGAAUUAAUUAAGCACAUGUUGUAUCUCACAUAAUAGAUUUCAUCAUUAGUACUUAUAAAAAAGGGAGAGAUGAUAUUUUUCUUUAAGCUGAAGCCUGUCCUUCAAACCUUAAAAUCAAAAGAAAACCAUAUAGUAUACAUGAUUGCAUUGAAUUUGGAGCUUGCUCAGACUUCUCAUUGCUUUCCUUUCUUUUCUUAAUAGCUUCUCUUUCAUAUAUAAUGUUACAUAUUCUUCAUUUCAUCCUGUUCAAUGUGAGUCAACUCUAAAUCUCACCUGUGUUGUCUUUUAGCAAUUUUCUUACAAGAAUUUGUCCAAUUUCAUGCUAAGACUUCUUUAAGUAUUAGAAUAAACAUCAAAAUGUUUACCAUUUCUAGAUACUGUAAUACUUGUUCUCAGUGCACAUUAAUUGAAGAUAUAGAUUAGACAUUACUAAUGUUAUGCCACAAAAUCAUGGCUUAAUUUAGCAAAAACAAAUAUAUGUAGAAUUAGCAAGCUGAAUUUUUCAUGUAAUGGAAGUUUGAGUUUGGAAGCCAUCCUCCUUAAUCUACACAAAAUUUAUACUUUUGGAAUAGUAAUCUAUAUGAACCCCAAGAGAAAAAAAAAAAAUGUAUUUUUUUCUGUUGUGGUUAUUAGAACAAAUAUUUCCUUGAUAGAAGUUAAUUUUGCAUAAUUAUAUCACAAAGCAAAAAAAUAACAGUGAUACAUACAAGCCAAGCACAACAUUGAAGCAAAUAUUGUUGACAACACCUGCAUCAAAUAAGAACAGAUUGUUGGUUUCUGGAUAUUGUUUCAGCAUAAGAUUUAGAUAGAAAAUAAUAAAUUUUGUAAAAAAAUAUAUAUACUUGCAGUGCUAGACAGUAUUUUAAGAAAACUAUUUAUAUAGCCAUUGCCUUUGCUGUGUGCAAUUUGUGUUAUGCCAAGUAGGCAGCAGAAUGGUGACGCACCAAGCAUCUCAAUGUGUGUCUGACCAUAUUUUCAUAGACAACAAAAAAUUAUUAAUUGUAUUCAGUUGUUGAAAAUUCUUGAUGUCUGUGUCUGUGUAUAUAUAUAUAUAUAUAUAUAUAUAUAUAUAUAUAUAUAUAUAUAUAUAUAUAUAUAUAUAUAUAUAUAUAUAUAUAUAUAUAUCAGACGUAGAUGGUGUGUGUACAUUUGUUUCACGUGAGAAACUUAUUGACAGAUUUAAUAUACAGUAAAUUUAUCUAAUUUUACCUGAAAGCCUUGAACCCAUGAGAAGUACUCAGGAACACAAUAAAUAGUUAAUAUGACUAUAGAAGAUAAUUGUAAUUUGAUAUUUUAAUGUUGGCUGUGGGAUGUUCUGGUUACAAGAUGUGUAGUUUUAAAUACCCAAAAUUCAAAUAAUAUUUAACUGGUAAUAUGAAAUUCAUCUGAGUUAAUGUAGCAAUACUGUGUUAGUAUAUAAGCCAAAACAGCAUGAUUUGUUAGAGCUUUUUCAUAUACUUGUUGAUGUGUGUCCAAAGUGUAGCUUGGCUGGAAAUGGCUGUACAUUUACAUAUACUAUCUAGACUGUGUUUGUAAAAUGCUUUUGUAGAUUGUUUCAGACAUGAAUGACUAACAGCCGCCUUCCUUUGUGCUGUGUGGUGGGGUGUUUUGUGUUGGCUGGUGGAGCACCUUCCCAUGCGUAGCAGUUUUCACACAUGCGCACACACACACACACACACACACACACACACACACACACACACACACACACACACACACACACACACACACACACACACACACACACACACACACA